CGAGAGUGGCAAAAAGGUCAGACAAAAAAAAUUCAAUUCUGCUGGAAGGAUCAUCAGCUACAUCUCCUACCGUUUCACACCUCGCGUCCUUGGUUGCCGCUUGUUGAAUCAAAUCCAAUUUUCCAUUUUGUCCCAAGCCUGGUCAAAAAUCAGUUUUGCAGGUAAAAGAUCAACAUGCACCUUCCCUUUCCUGUAAAGAGGCAUGAGCAUAUUUUGCACACUCAGCAUUUAGAUUGAUGGCCCCUUUGUUUCUCAGGUAGAAGAAAAAGCUUUUGGUUUGACCAUUUCAACCACCAACAAACACUUUGAAUUUUGACCCAAACAGUUAUUACUACUACUGCCGAGUUUAGUUCCAAAAUUUUUCUUUAAACUUUCAACUUUUUUAUCACAUCAAAACUUUUCUACACACAAACUUACAACUUUUCCGUCACAUCGUUUCAAUUUCAAUCAAACUUUCAAUUUUGACGUGAACACGUUGAAGAAAGAAAGAUGCUGAUAUGCAGAUAUGGAGCAAUGAAUCAGGUGAGUUAGUGUGAUGGUACAAGUGGGAGACGCGGCGUGUGCGUUGGGAUCGCCGCGAACGAACGACGCGGAAGCGAGGCGAGGCGAGGCGACGGUUUAAUUUGCUAGCCCAUCAGAUAUGGGGUGCUUCGCGUUCAAGAGCAAGGCCAAGAACCAGCGGGCGGCGGCGUCGGGGGCCAGGUCGCCGGCGCCGACGUCGGACGGGCAGAAGAGCAAGGCAUCAUCGGCGUCGACGCCGACGAGGAGCAUCCAGGAGCUGUCGGACGAGAGGGGCGCGCAGCGGCUGCGGGUGUUCGACCUCGACGAGCUCAGCAGCGCCACCAACGGCUUCAGCCGCGCGCUCAAGAUCGGCGAGGGCGGCUUCGGCUCCGUCUACCGCGCCUUCUUCCGCUCCGCCGCCGGCGGCGGCGGCGGCCGGGUCGUCCUCGCCGUCAAGCGCCUCAACCAGCGCAGCCUGCAGGGGCACAAGCAAUGGCUGGCUGAGGUCCAAUUCCUAGGUGUUCUUGAGCACCCGAAUCUAGUGAGGCUUGUUGGCUAUUGUGCAGUGGAUUCAGAAACAAGCAAGCACAGGCUGCUGGUCUACGAGUUCAUGCCCAACAAGAGCCUAGAUGAUCAUCUGUUCAACCGAGCUCAUCCUCCCCUCUCGUGGAGAUUGAGGCUGCAGAUCAUGAUCGGCGCCGCGCGGGGCCUAGACUACCUCCAUGAAGGCCUGCAAGAAGUUCAGGUGAUAUACAGGGAUUUCAAGGCAGCCAAUGUUCUUCUUGAUGCCGAUUUCAAGCCAAAACUUUCAGACUUUGGGCUAGCAAGAGAGGGGCCAACUGAAGGAAAGACACACGUCUCCACCGCGGUGGUGGGGACGCACGGGUACGCGGCGCCGGACUACAUCGAGACGGGGCACCUGACGACCAAGAGCGACGUGUGGAGCUUCGGCGUGGUGCUGUACGAGAUCCUGACGGGGCGGCGGUCGCUGGAGCGGAGCCGGCCGGCGGAGGAGCAGAAGCUGCUGGGGUGGGUGCGCCGCCACCCGCCGGAGAGCCAGAGCUUCCGGUCGAUCAUGGACCCGCGGCUGGGCGGCCGGUACCCGGCGGCGGCGGCGCGGCAGGUGGCGCGGCUGGCCGACCGCUGCCUCGUCAAGAACCCCAAGGAGCGGCCGGCGAUGAGGGAGGUCGUCGAGGAGCUCGAGAGGGUGCUCCAGAUGGAGCCACCGACGACGACGGCGGCCGACAAGGACGGCGACCGCCGCCUGCCGCCGGCGAAGAGGUGACGUCAGAUCAGUCACCGGAGGAGGCUGCGGUCAACGACGGUCAACCAGUGCGUGAGGAACAAAUUGUGGAGAGAUCGAUCAUUGAUUCAUUUGUAUUGUAGAGAGAGAUGAUGAUCAAUGCGAAUAAUUUGGAGCAUGCAAAGUGUUUCGAUUGCACAAGAUUUCCCAGUUUGCUGCAAGAUAUAAUCUUACAGUUCUGUAGAGUUCUUAUGAAAAACCUAUAAAUCUACGUAAA